UUUGGCAGAUCCGGAUGAAUCCAUUUGCAUCCCUAAGCCAGAACAGGUGCUCCAGCUUUCUUCUGAAAGAGCUUACAAAGGCAUGGGAGGCAACUCCGUAUGCAGGCGCCCAAAAAAUAGCCAACAAAACAAAUUUGAUCCAAAGUAAAUGCAUUCCGGAUUCCGGAUGGUCUAUGAUGAUCAUAGUCACAAUUAUAGUCAGAAUUGUGUGAAAGCAUAUUAUUAUUAUUACAAUAUUAUUACUGUUGUAAAAUAGCAACACGCAUGGGAGAUCGCCUCACGAUCGACGACGGAACAUACGUAGAGGACGCGGCCGAAUAAUCAGUUUGUGGCGAUGGCCUUGGCGAGGCAGUCGUGGGCGUCGGCCAUGAUGGCGGGGCUGAGGCGCAGCAUGAGCACGCAGAACUCGGCCUCCCCGAGGGCGCCGUCGCCGUCCAAGUCGCCUUCCCGCACCAUGGCCUCCGCCUCCUCCGCCGUCAUCCCCUCCAAUCCCAGCACCUCCCGGGCCCUCCGCCGCAGGCUCUCCGCCGUUAUCACCCCCCGCCCCUCCUCCGCCAGCACCCGGAACCCCGCCCGCAGCUCCUGCAUGAACUCCUCCGCGUCCAGCCGCUCCGCCAUCACCGCCAUCAGGAGGAAGAAGAGAUACAGGGAAAAAAAUGGAGUUCUGCCCGAGUUGCACGAUGAUGCUGCAGAUCGAGUCGGCGCGGAGCGGGCGCAGACUGCGGACUUUCUGCCCUGCCUGCCCUUACGUCUGCACCUUCGAAAACAAGUUGAUCAAGAAACAGCGGUUGGUGAGGAAGGAGAUGGAGCCGAUUUUCAGCGGCGAUUCCGCCAUGAAAUAUGCUCCCAAAACUUCAGCAACGUGUCCGAGAUGCCAUCAUGGAGAAGCGUAUUUCAGACAGAUGCAAAUCCGAUCUGCCGAUGAGCCGAUGACGACUUUUUACCAGUGCUGCAACGAAAAUUGCCAUUUCGAAUGGCGAGACGAUUGAACUCUUUUGACUCCACCGCCUUUCUCAAGUUGCUUGAUGAAAUUCUUGACAGUGAAUCUGUACGGCGAGAACUGUGUUAACCUUUUAGCAUUGAGAAAUUAUGACUGGAAACCUAACAUUUUAGUGUUUCUGAAAUAUUAGCUGGUGGUGUGAUGAGGUUUUUUGUAUUGCUUUUUAGUUAUUUCUGUCGGAAAAGAACAACUUUUAUAUAAGAUCUCUUGUGCUCUUACUGUUUUGCGCAUAACAGUAUCCAGAAAAAUCAAUAUGGAAAGAUAUUCCUUGUUUUCACGGAAA